CUGGCCACCGCCUCCCGCGAGGCCGCGACGCAUCGAGCCUCUCCGCGUCUUGUCUCCCUUGUUCGUCUGAGAUCGAUUCGUUCUGGCUCUCUGGCAGCCACCUCCGCCGCGGUCCUCCGUGUGGCGAGGGAAAGCUCUCCUUGUCCUUGCCACUUCCACGCGUCGAGUCGCCGCCAAUAACUCCGGCGGAACCACUCUGUUUUUCAAAACAUUAUCAUUAUUAUCGGUUUGGAUGUCGUUUGUUCAUAUAUCCAUUGUUGGUUAGGGUUCAAGGACAAGAACACUGCUUGCGCAGGAGCAAUUAGCAACUCCUGAUCGAAUCCGACGAAGGGGGUCGAACACAGAAGCACCUUGCGAUCUCCGUCGCCGCGUGGAGAGAUGCCGCAGAAGCGAAAGAAGACGCGGGGUAACCCCGCCGAAGAGAAGCAAAAAAAAACUGACACGUCGUCGCCGCCGAAAAGAACAAGCACUACGCAACUCAGAGCAAGAACAAGCUCCCGCUGUUCGGACCGGAGUACCAGUCGUCCCAAAGAUCCUCCCGACCAUGGCAACGCCGCUGCAAUCCAGGAACAGAAACAAGAAUAUGCCGCAACACAGGUACUAGAUGAAGAUGUGGGCGACAUAAUCCAGAAGCUGAACGAACUGGGCUUGGGAGAGGACAUCGACUUUGAGGACUACUAUGGAUACUUGCAGCAGCUGCCUCCCGACCCCCGUGUUGACACUUCCACUGAACUGGACCUUGAGGAUCACAUUGACAUGGACCUCCGCCAUGAGAUCCUACAAGUUGUUAAAACAGGAGUCCAGGAAUGAGUUGUGCUGCGAUGAACUGAAAGAGUGCCCUAUGGAGCUUCUUGACAGGGACGAAUUUCCUACAGAUUUCCUCGUGAAGAUGCGAUAUUUUAGCUUCUUCGAUGAAGGCGGCGUAUUAGACUGGUUCUUCGAUCCUGAUCUCUGCAAGCUUGCUGGCCUGGAUGACUACCAGCGUCUAGUCCCACGGAGGCAUGAUGCUUAUGAGUACGCUGGUUGGGUUGUGUACCGCAGUUACCUCCAUAGCUACGAGAUGCAAUAUGAAUACAUCAAGUACUUUGAAACAUUAUUAAGGGAACUUAAGUGGUUGAAAGAUUGUCUACCGAGCAAGUUUUCAUCUCUUACUGUAAGCAAGAUACGCACCAGAGGAAUUUAUCAAGCAACUAAGAUCGCUACUCGCUUUUCCAAGAUCACAACUCAUUUAGCUCGUAUUGGCUUCCGUGAUUGUUUUAACUACAUGAGCAUUGAGGCUACUUGGUGUAACGGAUCCGAUGGUGUCUAUUUUGAGAUUUGGAAGAGGGUCACUCAACAAAAGAAGAGUUUCAGAGAUGCUUUGAAGGAAGUCUGUAAACUGAACAAGUGUUCAUCACUGCAAGAUAACAUGAAAUAUGCCAUAGAGAAUGACUGUUCCGUGAUGGAAACAGCGUUUCUUCGUUGCACGGUAGGGGCAGGCGUUACCAAGGAAGUAUCAGAGGAUAAAGCUCAGGAGUUGAUUGCAGAGGCAGUUAAAAAGCUGAGGAUAAAACCAAAAUUCUAUGAUGGGUAUAUCAGAAAGAAGAUAAACAUUGCCAAACUUAUAGGAAUGAUCACUGUGGACUGAAAAGACAUAAUACAUCUGACUUUUCAUGGUUGGAGCUGCCAUUUGUUCAAGAUGUCUUUCUUGGAUUUCCUGUACUUUUGCUGCUGCAAUGAACAAAUGAACUAGACCAGACUUAAAGCUCUUACCAAGUACAGUAGCAUAAUACUAGUAGUCUACUAGAUGGAUGGUUUGUUCCGGGGUCUACUAGUACCGAAAGAAAGUGGAAAAUGCUUGUAUUGAAUUGUUGCUACUAAGGGUUUAGGUUUAUUAGAGGGCUUAUUGGAAUCUCAUAAACAUAACAGUAUGUCAUCUUGCUCAAAGCAUUUACCUGUAUUUACACUUAAAUUCCGGAUGGUGCGGAGGGAUCUUG